AAAUUACAACAGCCAGAACAUUCCUCUUCUACACCAGUGAGUUGGUCAAUGAUUUAGCCCUUUCAUCCACCAGAUGUUGCUAAUGUGCUGCUGUGUAAGUGACAAACUAAAUAUAAUGAAAGAAAAAAGAAAAACUAGCGAACAGGGAGCUGGGUGAACCAUGGCAAAGGUAAAAAUGUAGACCUGUAGUCUUUGCAUUAUAAUAUAGUCAACAAGUCAAUCUCUUUUCGCUCUGUGAGUGAUAAUUGAACAACGUGAUGACAAGAUAAUUUCCACAGAACAAUGUCCAAGUCAAAAUCUUGCACAUUUGUACCAGUCAAAGUUCACUUUAUGCAAUAACUCGUCCCUGGAGAUGUGACACACACCCUGAAGAGAUUUACUUCAACAUUGCAUUAUGUGCCAGUCACUUCUUAGUGGUUAAACAAUUUAGUGAAAGAUUAGUAUUAACAAAAUGCGUGAAGGUUUAACAGCCGCGCUGGAGGAGUGGAAAUGUCUGGAAGACGAAUAUCAACAACUUCAGGAGACACACAGAAUGUACUUACAGAAACUGGAUGAAAUUACAAAACUACAAAACAGCUGCUCUUCCUCCAUUUCCAGUCACCGCAAACGACUGCAAGAGGUAUCCCUUCUGGUGAAUAAAUGCAGCACAGGACCCGCAGAAGAUGCUAAAACCGUGGAUGAAAUCAAAGAGAAAAUAAAGACGCGACCAAAUGCUUUCUUUGAAAUGGAGUCUUACCUUCCCAAGAAGAAUGGGUUGUACCUCAGUCUGGUUCUUGGAAAUGUGAAUGUGACUCUUCUCAGCAAGCAGUCAAAAUUUGCCUACAAAGAUGAAUACGAGAAGUUCAAGCUGUGUCUCACAGUCCUCCUGCUGCUGUUCUCCUUUAUAUGCUAUUUCUUUGUGAGCUACAGAUUUCUUGAUGCAAUCCUCAAUUUCCUGCUGGUGUGGUACUAUUGUACAUUAACUAUCAGGGAAAGUGUCCUCAUCACCAACGGCUCCAGAAUCAAAGGCUGGUGGGUUUUUCAUCAUUACGUCUCAGCUUUUCUGUCCGGUGUGAUGCUGACAUGGCCAGAUGGGAUCCUGUACAAAACAUUCAGGAACCAGUUCCUUGCCUACUCCUUGUAUCAAAGUUUUGUUCAGUGUCUGCAGUGCUAUUAUCAGAGUGGGUGCCUGUACAGACUACGAGCUCUGGGAGAAAGACACAACAUGGAUCUGACCGUGGAGGGAUUUCAGUCAUGGAUGUGGAAAGGGCUGACGUUCCUUUUGCCCUUCCUCUUUUUUGGUCAUUUCUGGCAGCUCUUCAAUAGCCUGUCUCUCUUCAGAAUGGCUCAGCUCCCAGACUGUAAAGAAUGGCAGGUCUUGAUGUGUGGUCUCUGCUUCCUUAUUCUGUUCAUGGGAAACUUCCUCACCACUGUUGCCGUCGUCCGUCAGAAGGUCAAGAGCAGGAACCAGAAACCAAAGAGCCUGUGAUACAUCCUAAUAAACCAAAAAUCAACAUGUCCAAAAUGUACAGUAGAUACAUAAAUAUAAAGAAUGUUUUAUAAUCAACCAGUCACCAUUAAAAGUUGAAUUGUGUUCCAAAAUGCCUCCAAAUACCUUUGUAUAUAUUUUACUUUCAUAGUAAGAGCAAUGAACAAUGAAUAAAAGCACCCUCAAAUAAAAUAAAUCAUCUGUAAA